GUAUAAUUUUGACACCGGAAAUAUAUUUCUCACGCAAGCGGCCGCUUUGCUGAAGAAGCGUCUGCGAGAAGCAAGUGGGGAGGAUGAACGCCCCUCCGGCCUUCGAGUCCUUUUUACUCUUCGAAGGGGAGAAAAAGAUUACAAUAAAUAAGGACACAAAAGUGCCAAAUGCUUGCCUGUUUACAAUCAACAAAGAAGAUCACACUCUUGGGAAUAUAAUUAAGUCGCAGUUGUUGAAAGAUCCUCAAGUGUUAUUUGCAGGAUACAAAGUCCCCCAUCCCCUUGAACAUAAAAUAAUCAUUCGUGUUCAGACAACCCCUGAUUACAGCCCCCAAGAAGCUUUUACCAAUGCAAUCACAGAUCUCAUCAGUGAGCUUUCUCUUCUUGAGGAGAGAUUCCGGGUUGCCAUCAAAGACAAACAAGAAGGAAUUGAGUAGUAGUUACGUUUAUCAAAUAUAUUUGUAAAUAAAAUCCAUUUUUUCAGUGUAGUAGUCUAUAAGAAAUGUAUUUAUGAUCACUUUGCUACUUCAUAACCUCUAAGAAAUUUCAAUAUAGGUCUUUUAUAUGAAAGUUCAAGUUGGCUUAUGUGAUAGUUAAUAAAGUAUACUUUUAAUUGUU